ACUCACUGCUCAUACAUUCAGACUCACCUACAAUAUAUAAUAUACAACAAUAUGGGUAUUCUUCAGUUUCAUCGCCGGAGAUCAAAAGACCAAGAAAUAUCACCGGAACUUCAGCAAGAAUAUUCUUAUUCCUUAUCCACCCAACAAAGUUUAGCGUCGGUAGCUUCUUUAUCAAUAAAACAACCAUCAACCACCGUAAACCACCAGUGCAUCACCACCUUCAAAGCACACACGUCGUCUAUAUCCACUCUCACCGUCGCCGGAAAACACCUCCUCUCCGGCUCCUCCGACACCCAAAUACGGUUCUGGCCUCGCGACGAAAGUUUACCCACAGAACAAAACUUGAUUGCCAGCGGAGAGAGCCCGGUGAAGUCGAUGGUGGUUUCCGGUGAUAAACUAUACACCGGUCACCAGGAUAAUAAAAUAUGCGUCUGGAAAAUCGAAAACGACGUCGUUGACGAUGAUGAUGAUGAUGAUGAUAACCAGAAGAUAGUAAAAUCGACGUACGUGACAACGUUACCGACGUUAAACGAUCGUGUAACGAAGAUGUUCAACGCAAAGAAUUAUGUCAAGAUAAGAAGGCAUAAGAGGUGUACAUGGGUGCAUCACGUGGACGCGGUGUCCGCGUUGGCUGUGUCACGUGACGGUUCGGUUAUAUACUCCGCAUCAUGGGACAGGACGUUUAAGGUGUGGAGGACGUCGGAUUUUAAGUGUUUGGAGUCCGUUUGGAGCGCGCAUGAUGACGCGAUUAACGCGAUUGUUGUGUCGAGAGACGGGUAUGUUUAUACUGGCUCCGCUGAUAGGAAAAUCAAGGUGUGGAGGAAAGAUGUCGGGGAGAAAAAACAUAAGUUGGUGGACACGUUGGAGAAACAUAAAUCCGCGGUGAAUGCGUUGGCGUUGAGUGCGGAUGAGACGGUUUUGUAUUCGGGUGCGUGUGACCGGUCGAUAAUCGUGUGGGAAAAGGGGACCGCGGGUGGUGAUGAGCGGCAUAUGGUGGUAGCUGGUGCUCUACGGGGGCAUAGUAUGGCCGUAUUGUGUAUUACGGUGGUUGGGGAUUUGGUGGUGAGUGGGUCAGCUGAUAAAACAGUUAGGGUUUGGAAGAAGGGUAUUGAUGGAAAAAAAUAUAGUCGUGUGUGUGUGUUGGAGGGGCAUAAUGGUCCAGUAAAAUGUUUGGCGGCUGCUUUGGAUGGUUGUACGGGUAGUGAAUCUAGUGGUACAUCUUAUGUUGUUUACUCUGGGAGUUUGGAUUGUGAUGUCAAAGUGUGGAAAGUUUCGGUACCCCUUCUUUGACGUUAUUAUUUUGGGAAACGUUUAAAAUUGGGAUAGAAUUAUGUAAAUUUUGUUGUCUGUUAAUAGCUAUUAUUUAUAUGUUAUAUUGGUAUGUUUUUUUUUAA